UCGGGAGUCGGUUAGUCGCGCGCUCGCUUUCCCAAGAUGGCGACGGCUAAGGAGGGUUGUGGCACUGGACAAGUGGCCACAGGGAACGGGCGGCGGCUGCACCUGGGGAUUCCCGAGGCCGUGUUUGUGGAAGAUGUAGAUUCCUUCAUGAAACAGCCUGGGAAUGAGACUGCAGAUAUAGUACUAAAGAAGCUGGAUGAACAAUAUCAGAAGUAUAAGUUUAUGGAACUCAACCUGGCACAAAAGAAAAGAAAGCUUAAGGGUCAGAUUCCUGAAAUUAAACAGACUUUGGAAAUUCUAAAGUACAUGCAGAAGAAAAAAGAGUCCACCAAUUCACUGGAGACCAGAUUCUUGCUGGCAGAUAACCUGUACUGCAAAGCUUCAGUUCCUCCUACCGAUAAAGUGUGUCUGUGGUUGGGGGCUAAUGUAAUGCUUGAAUAUGAUAUUGAUGAAGCUCAGGCACUGUUGGAAAAGAACUUAUCGACUGCCACAAAGAAUCUUGAUUCUCUUGAGGAAGACCUUGACUUUCUUCGAGAUCAAUUUACUACCACAGAAGUCAAUAUGGCCAGGGUUUAUAAUUGGGAUGUGAAAAGAAGAAACAAAGAUGAUUCUACCAAGAACAAAGCAUAAUGCUGGCAAUUAGAAACGUGUUUCAGUUUUCCAGACAUGUUAUUUUAAAUUCCCCAAUGUUUAUUCUUAAAGAGUAACACAACUUUGAUUUUUUAACAGUAAGAAUGAUGUUUAAAACCUAAAAAAAGAUAAACAUCCUUUUAUUUAUUUAUAAAAGCAAAAUGUUUUGAUAUUUUUAAACUAGUAUUUUUUUCUCAUAUUUCCAAGCAAUGUUAAUGCUGCUUUCAUCAUUUCUUUUGUCUGUCAUAAGAAGACACUGAGCUGAAAUGGCCGAAAACUGUGAGGUAUUCUCUGGACACUAGCCUGGUUUACUUUUUCUUCAUUGGCUGAUGUUACUCUCACUUGAGGUUGCAUUGUUUGAGAAGUAGGAAAGACAGACAGUUUGAAUAUUUGUACUUAUUUUUCUUUAGCACUUGGGGGAUUUCAUGAUCCUCCAUUGCCGUUACUUAUCUUCUGUAAAUGGGCUUUUGUAAAUGACUGCUUAACCAAUGACUAUUAUAUUAUGAUAGCCUGAGCUUUGCAGGAAAUGGUAGUUUGCCUUCCUACAUAGUAAGAGGGCUAUAGA